UUUAGGCAACGAAUUUGACGGGUAUGAGAUAAUGCUCAACUCGCUUUUGCCAACUCUCGUGACGACGUUCACCACAAAAUCUUGUUAGAGUUCAUCCUCCUUGCCAACCUCUCCUCUUUCUCCCGUCAUUUUUCCUUUUCCAUGCACCGUCCUUGAUACGUUGCCUGCACGUCCUCCCGCUUCUUCUUUUGGGCAAUCCCACUUUCUUUUGCUGGUUAUAAGUCCCUCAUAUCAAGGCACUUCCGGGGAUUUGUCUUUUCGGUUUCGGGCCUUUUCGGAAGGGUUUAUUCAUGGAUCCGGCUGAGCUUCGUCGGGUUUUCCAGAUGUUCGACAGGAACGGGGACGGACGGAUCACGAGAAAGGAACUGAGUGACUCGUUGCAGAACUUGGGCAUCCACAUCUCGGACAAGGAUCUGGCCCAGAUGAUCGAGAAGAUCGACGUGAAUGGCGACGGGUACGUCGACAUUGAUGAGUUCGGCGCGCUGUACCAGACGAUCAUGGACGAGAGAGACGAGGACGAGGACAUGAAGGAGGCGUUCAACGUGUUCGACCAGAACGGGGACGGGUUCAUCACGGUGGAGGAGUUGCGGUCGGUCCUGGCGUCGUUGGGGUUGAAGCAAGGGAGGACCUUGGAGGAUUGCAAGAAGAUGAUAAACAAGGUGGAUGUGGAUGGAGAUGGGAUGGUCAACUUCAAGGAGUUCAAGCAGAUGAUGAAGGGCGGUGGUUUUGCUGCUUUAGGGUCAAGUUGAUACUCAAGAUGCAUUGUUUUCUUAGAGACUAUAUUGUGUUUUCAUGUAGAAAGAAAUGAAAACGUCGCUUUUCAUA